AAUUAGGUCCACCUGUGCCAUUUGUAUCCGUGAUGUUGCAGGUUUCACCGGUGGGAGGCGCCUGAUUUUAAAUUUCUCACAGGUGAGAUGCAUAAAACAGGUAAGAUGAGGAUCGACGCCACUUCUGCUUCGUUUGUCAUCGGCGUUGAGGUAUUCACAGCGCUGUAAAAUGGGUUCCAAACUCGAGAGUGCAAUGGAGGGGCUAAUUCGAGUGUUCCACUCAUACUCCUCAAAAGAAGGGGACAAGUACAAGCUGAGCAAAGUUGAGCUGAAGAAUCUGUUGCAGGGCGAACUGAGUGACUUCCUGGCGGCAAGUAAGGACCCUAUGGUAGUAGAGAAGAUCAUGAGUGAUCUGGAUGAAAACAAAGAUGGCGAAGUGGACUUUCAGGAGUUUGUCAUCUUGGUUGCUGCGCUGACCGUGGCCUGUAACGAGUUCUUUGUAGAGAGCCUGAAUGAAUGAGUUUGGAAACAGUCUGUGACCUUGGCGUUCUACUCAAUAUUCCUUGUUAAUAAAACAAACAUGUGUGCUUGAAUUUUUUUAUACUUUUUGACAGAAACCGGCAAAGGUUUCAAUGUUGUCACAUAAUGGUGAUUUCUAACAAAGGCUCUUGACUGUUGUAAAAUGAUUGCCGCUGUAGAGAAUCCUGCAAUGGACUGACCAGUUUCGGUGUACGAUCACUCUCA